AUGGCCUCCCACCGCAUCGGCGCGCGCGUCGCGGGCCUCUCGCCAGCGCAGCUGUGCGCCAUCAUCGAGGCGCAGGCGGGCGCGAGCGACGCCGCGUUGCGCGUGGCGGAGGAGCACGCCGCUCGGCUCGUGGAGCAGCCCGAGUGGGUGCUCUCCGAGGUCCUCCUCUCGCCGGACCUCGCCCCGCACAUCCUCGCCCAGCUGCCGACCACGGAGCACGCCGCCAAGGGGACAAAAAUAGCCCCAUCCUAA